CUUAACGCAAAGCUGAAGGAGAGAGUGUCUUUGACACUAGAGACUCUGUCUGCAGUCCCAAAAAAAGAAGCGUGAGGAGUUUAAGCCACAAGUGCAAAUAGACCAAUUGAUUAGACGAAUAAGAAAACGACUUAUGGUGUCUUAGAAGAGGUGGACUCUUGGAUAUGGCGAGAUUUUUUGUCUUGGUUUUUGUCCUAUGCUUUUUUCAAUGUGAACCUGUCAACUUAACCACACCCUCACCCUCACCCACUUCUGCAGCUGUUUCAGGCAAUCUGACCAACUCCUUGAAUUCUGACACUCAAGCAAACACAAAUACCACAGGAGGUGAACCUGUCAACUUAACCACACCCUCACCCUCACCCACUUCUCCAGCUGUUUCAGGCAAUCUGACCAACUCCUUGAAUUCUGACACUCAAGCAAACACAAAUACCACAGGAGGGAAUGGGUCUGAAACUAAGAACCAGACUGAGAAUAAAACCUCUCCUAAACCCCCACUCACCACCUUGCAUCAACACCACCCCAGCACCACAGCGGCAGGUAGCAGUGUCAUUUUUAUGUAUUUGAGAAUUACAUAAAGUGGCACAAGAUAUCACAUUGUCAUCAUCUUGCUGUUCCCUUAGCUACAGGCCUCUUACCCACACACAAUUUUACACAAACCCACAAACCAACAGA